UCUCGCGUUGUUUCCUGACGGAGCGAAAUCGGGCACGAACGUACGUUCUUCGCGUACUUCCUGUUUUGUUUCGUCUCUCUUUUCCCAACCUUGUUGUGGCUCGGUUCGAGUCGAAAUGGAACAAUUAUUCGGGCAGGCAGACAAAUACGACCGGCUCAUGAGCACACGCCAUUUUAUCUCCCAUUGGUGGAGUUUCUAAGCAGUACCGUCGUCGCUGACGCUCUCCCGCCGGGGCUUCCCAAGCCCCACACGUCCGCGGGGCGACAUGGCACUCAGCUCGGGCGGCUGGGCUCCGCAGGUCUCGUUGCUCGGUGCUUCCCAGUCCGGAGCUUGCGACGCCGGGCUCGCUCGGUCGUCGGCUUGCUGCAGCACCGUCUUGAUGUCCGUCCGCGUGUCAGUGUCCCACUCCGGUGCUCGCCCCUUGUGCCUGCCCGGAGCCGACAGCGAGGCUCUGCGCCUCCAGCUCAGCAUGGAUCCCAGCCGGGCCGGAGAGUUUCGACUGGCCCUGCGGGAUACAAGUGGGAACCACAAUGUGUUGGUGGAGUUCGACCUACGCUCAGUGCACUACGAGGUGAAGUCGGCACGCUGCCACGAGAUGCGUCUGACGACGCCGCCUCACGACUUUAUCCGCUUCUCCUUCCGCUGUGACCGCGAGGCUGAGGAGUGGGCCACCGUGGUCAUGUCGUCACUGCGAGAGGCCCAGCGGGUUGCAAACAUGGCCGCCUACGAGGCAAGCGGCAAGCAAACAGAAGCCGUUGCCGCCGCCACUGAACCGACGCUGCCGCUCGCCGAGGAGCUUUGCGUGGAGCUCGUUAAGGCGGUGGAGGCCGGCGACUCUCAAGCCGCCGCUCAGCACGCAUCUGCACUUGCCCGGCAGAAAGCGGCUCUGAGCAUCCAGCUGGCGGAGAAGAACUACGCCAGCGCGGAGAUCAGCCUGUCUGUGGUGGUGGAGGACGUCUCUUCUUCCUGUUGCUUCACAGUCAAAGUCUUCCCUUACAUGACGGUGGCUGCGCUCAAACAACAGGUGUUUGUGGAGUACGGCUUCCACCCACGCGUGCAGCGCUGGGUAAUGGGUCAGUGUCUGUGCACGGACCCCCGCUCACUGGCAUCCUACGGUGUACAGCGCGACGGCGACACGGCGUACCUCUACUUGAUCUCGGCCCGCCAGGCCCGAAUCACGCGACAGCUGUUCCAGCAGGAUCUGGAGGGCGCCCUAUCCGCCCUGGCCCUUCCGCCCGGCACCGGCCCCGUGUGCCAAGACCCCCGGGGCUACAGCACACUGCCGCCGCGGUUACCCCACACCAGCCAGGGCGGUGGCGAUAAACCAGCUGACCUACAAGUUGUACUUGACAUGGAAAAUCUGCAUUUGAGCAACAAACCAACUAGAACACAGACGGAGUGGGCGUGUCCUUCAUGCACUUUCAUCAAUAAGCCUUCCCGUCCAGGCUGCGAGAUCUGCGCUACAGCCAAACCCGACGCAGACGUCACCAACGCCCUCCAGCAGGCAGCGCGCGGCGAGCUGGCCUCGAGCAGCAGCUGACCGCCCGUCGCCGCCGUCUCCUCUCACACGCGCGCAUACACAAUGCUAUGCCAGUGUUGACACA